AUGGAUGCUAGAAUUUGGUGGGACGUAGUUAAGCAGACACGAACUUUAAAGAUCAUGACCGUGGCUAACUUUGUACAAGUCUUUAGCAAGAAGUACUAUAGCGUUGUAGUGCUAGCAACUAGAGUUCAUGAAUUUGUGACGCUGACACAAGAUAGUGUUUCAGUCAUAGAGUAUGCCCCAAAUUUUGACAGACUAGCAAGGUUUGCAUUUGAGGUAGUUUUCCCAACAGAGGCCAUGAGAGUCCAGAGAUUCAUAAGGGGACUGAAGCCUCUGAUUGCCAGGGAUGUCAAAAUGACCAGUACAGAGCUAGUUAGCUUUGCUGAGAUUCUAGACAAAGCUUUAGAUGCUGAGUACAUGGAGACCCGUAUAUGGAAGGAUGGUGCUGCAAGGGGAAAGGCUAAGAAGAGUAAAGCCUUACAAGAGAGUAACAAGACAAAAGCCCAAGAGGGUCAAAACAGUGGUACUGACAAAAGGUCCAAGAUCACAACUCCCAAUGGUAAUCACAAGAACCACAAUAAUAAUCAUAAUCGUGGAAACCACUAG